AGCAAGACAGAAAUCAGAGCUGGACGGUGCGGAGAGCGGAGACCAACGUGUCUCCUCUCGUGCAUGCGUUUGCGCGUGUGUUUGUGUGCGUGCACACGGAAAGACUGCGCGGAGAGACGUAUGCGUGGCGCGGUGAGAAACGUGUUACGAACAGUGACAGACAAGAUGGCGGUGUGCCUUGUACGGUGGUAACGACGGUGGUGCGUACAGCACGUUGAAAUAAAAAAAGACAAGUGGAACGCAGGUGUCCAGGUAAGGGGGUUGACAGCUGGACAACGUAGUAUGGAGCCAGCUCUUGCGUCGACCACAAGACGUCGCGGUCAUCAGCAUCAUCCGCGACACGCAACGCGCCGACGUCUUGACGCCUCCAGCAGAGGACCCGCGCAGUGUGGCCCUGCUGGCUUUAUUAAAAAUGCGGCGAUCGACGUUAACGAAACGUCACCUACGUCGACGAGACUCGAGGAAAAGAGCAAUGUCAUCGACACGGAAUGCUCUCCCGCGGUGACAAGAGCAACGAUCGUCGGCGCGAGGUGGCUCCGAGAUCCAACGGUAGUGGGAUCCACGAACGAAUCACGAAAGGAUCAAUUAACAACGAAGAAAGACACGAGCAACGCGAAGAACACUCUCGAGAAAAAUGACAAGGAGAACAUCCGACAGAGGCUCGCGCAGUGUAGCCUGGAUGUUCUCAACGAACGACACGAGCAGUCCGUUCACCAGAAAAACGAAACCGAGAGCUAUGACAGCUUUGACAUCGAACCGUUGGACAGGUCUCGAACGGGACCACGUGGGAAGAACGUAUACAAAGACGAUUCCUUCGAAUCGAGAAGCAAAGGAACAUCUCUCGAGCCCGAGCACGCGGUCGCGAGGGCUCGAGGUGACGGGACCUCCGACGACGAGUCAACGAACGUCGAGGAAGAUCCUGAGCUUGCCGAACUCGCCUUGCUUAGGUGUCCCAGCGAGAGGGCAGAGGUACAGGCUGAGAGAGAGGCCAGAAGAAGGAGAUGCGCCGAUUAUCCUGGACUGGCGUUUGGCUCUUCCAUAUUCUCCAGCGACACGAUGAUCAAGUUCAGUCUCAUUAGGAACGAAUUGCAGAACAUUAUGGGAAACCAACUGAAACGGGCUGAAUCAGAGGUUGCAGCCCUGAAUCGUCGCAUUCAGCUGCUGGAGGAGGACCUCGAGAGAUCCGAGGAGCGCCUCGCGACCGCCACUGCUAAAUUAGCAGAGGCGUCGCAAGCCGCAGAUGAGAGCGAACGAGCCCGCAAGAUUCUCGAGAAUCGCAGCUUGGCGGACGAAGAGCGUAUGGACGCCCUCGAAAAUCAGCUGAAGGAGGCCAGGUUCCUUGCUGAAGAGGCUGACAAGAAAUAUGAUGAGGUCGCCCGUAAAUUGGCCAUGGUUGAGGCCGAUCUAGAACGCGCCGAGGAACGUGCCGAGGCCGGAGAGUCAAAGAUCGUCGAGCUGGAAGAGGAAUUACGCGUGGUUGGCAACAACUUGAAAUCCCUCGAGGUCUCCGAAGAGAAGGCGACGCAAAGAGAGGAGACUUUCGUGGGCCAGGUGAAGAUACUGGACAGCCAAUUGAAAGAGGCUGAAGCUCGCGCCGAGUUCGCAGAAAGAUCCGUGCAGAAACUCCAGAAAGAGGUCGACAGGCUCGAAGACGACCUUGCCGCUGAGAGAGAGAAAAACAAAUUGCUCCAGGAGGAGAUGGAAGCCACCCUGCAUGACAUCCAGAACAUGUAGAUCGUGUCUCGCGGCGGACAGAGAGACACGGCUUAAACACACACAAAUUAUAGACACGUUCAGAGACAGAGAGAAAGAGAAAGAGUGAGAGUGUGUUAGGGAUACAGAGAAAGAUAGACGAAUAAAAAAAAAAAUGAAGAGCUAAAUGUCAGAUUGGGAAAAGGGAAAUAGAACGAAAACAGACGUCAGGGAAAAAGAGAUAGAGAGAGAGAGAGAGAGAGCGACAAAAUGAUUGAUAAAAAAACACGCUGUGCGACGCGAGCGCUUUCGUGUGUAUGGUGCACACCCCCACGUUAACAUUUACGGACAUGAAAACCCAUUCGCAGUCUCUUUUAGGCUAGACUCACAUCCCCCCCCCCCCCCCUACCAUUGUAUGCCCAAUCAACAAAUGCGCCGGUUGCGCGCUUCUUCUUACGUGUGUAUGCUUGUGUGCGUGUGUUGUUGUUGCAUGUCUGUGUGUUUUGCGCGCGAGAGAAACUCAGAGAGACAGAAGGGCGGAUUGAGAGACGAUAAUGGACGACGGAUAAAGAGAGGCCAGAGGUAGGCUGCGGUUUGUCAAAGGGAUUCGAAGGUAGUUUCCCCUUCGCCUUCGAACUUUUCUUUUUUUCUUUUUCUUUUGCGUUUUUCAGUUUGACGUCGGAGUUGUUUCCCUUUUGACGCGGCUGCGUUUCCCUUCAUUUACGUUGGAUGUUCAACCGUGUCUUCGGCAUAGAGAAUGAUGAUUUCCACGAAGCUUAUGAAAGAUGUACCGAGCAUACUGGACGCAGUGGUUCUUAGCUCUCUGGAAGCUCUAGACUCUAGCAUCAACUGGUGGACGUUCUUUUAAUAUAGCAAGAACCAUUAUGUUUGGAGUGAUUGGUACACGUUUGAUGCGCUUCGUGUGAAGUAGCUCAGUCUGACACAGUCAUCAGUGACUCUUGCCCCUCUAGACUCUAGUAUCUACUAGUAAUCGCAGAUAGAGCAAGAAUCACUAUGUUCAAUCUUCUUGAUAUACGUUUGACGUGCCUGGUGUGAACUAGUUCAGUCUAACAUAGUCAUCAAGCACAGGUGCUGGCCUCAGUGGUUCUUGCCCUUUUAAGAGGACAAUUAGUCCCAACAAGGAGCUAAUGUCUUUCUCCUAGAAAAGCAAGAAUCACCUAGGGCACUUGAUGUAACGCGAUUCAGUACUGCUAAGUGCCAAUUGAAAACUUAACUUUCGAUAGUCAUUUAUCAAGAAUAAGGUUCUCCAAAUAAUGAAAGAUUUUGAUCUAGUGAAAGAGCUCCUAUUUUCGAUACCGACUAUCUCUGGUUAGUGUUUCCAAUGGAGAGCUAGCAUAAUGCCGCGAAUACGAUACGAACCACGGAAAUUGUAGACGUAGUGGGAACGCAGAGGGGGACGAGUACAAGUACGGUAUAGUUGAGCGAAACAAGACACAGAGGCGAUCGAUCCAAGCGUAUACGCGUCGGGAAAGAAUUUCCAAACGACUUUGUCGAGUAUUUUCAGACAUGGCUGCGUUCCGUCCACGCGUAUCCUCUCGAUUACUUCAAGGCCGCUGGGUCACUAUCGCGCUAGUUAACAUCUGAUCCAAGUUAAUUCCACGUCGAAGCUGAAGCAAUCCAGCAUUUGGUACUUUUAGGGUCAAUUAGAGAUGGUUUAAUCCUCCAUUUUCUGAAUUUUAUUUAAUUUCAUUUCGUGGCACGUCCACGAACUAAUUCAUGCUUCAAUUAGAGAACCUCCCUCGAGAGAGAUAUAGCAACGACAAGUGGCUGAACUUAUAUCGAGUUCACGGGAAUAGUAAAAUAAAACUGAACGCAACCUUGAAGAGGAAUAUUUGACAGAUUCAACCAAGCCAGACGUCUUUCCUCGACGUAGAGCCGAGUCGCGGGUUCCCCGUUUAAGGAAAGAGAAGCAACACGCGCUAGUUUGCUUCUCGUCGCCUACAUUCCGCAUUCCCAGCGGCUCAGCGUCCGCGAGAAGGAGUACCUUCUUCUUCCACGCUCAAUUCCCUUAUUCGUGAUAUUCUUGAUGGUGAUUUUUUUAAAAGACGCUCACUGCCAGCAUUCCUUAGCGAGGAUGAAAAAUUUGUCGCGAUUCGUGAUUCACUGUCAAACUGAUUCGCGACAGUUCCACGAUUUACGUAGUUGAAUAAAGUUAGAUAGAUCUAGACGUAAAGUUAGCGUAAACGUAGAGCUUAGCUUGCGACCUAAAAACUGCAAUGGAGUUUUGUCGACGAUCGAUAGAGCCAACCUGUUAUGAAGUUUUCUAUAUUUGUAUUCCAAUUCUGUAGACGCGCGUUACGAUAUGACCAAAAGAAGCACAGUUUUCAAUAACUCUUAAAAAGAGCAGGUCGAAAGAGUGAAAUAACAUUUUUCCGUGUCGGCCUCCAUUUUCGAGAAAAUCGGCUCCGAAUGCGCUUGCCCUAGGCACGCACAUGGUAGCGUGCCCUGCGUGCUUUCGAACUCAAUUUUCUGAAAAGUGGAGGCUUCAAGGAAAAAACUUCCUUCUUCAUUUUUUCAUUUGCAUUUAAUUUGAACAGCGUAUCUGUACGCUAUUAUUCCAAGGGCCUGCAAUCGUUAAGCAUUCCUCGACGCGAUGAUGAAUAUGUUAUUUCGACGAGACGAUCGUUCAGACGCUGAGCCACUCGACGCAGUUACCGUUCGUGCCUGUAUAUAUUUAUUAUCGUAGAAGUAAUAAUCACGGCCAAUCGAACCUCGACGCGGGAAACGCGUUUCCGCGAGUCACGCAUCAAAGAAAGAGAAAAAGAAACGAGGGUAAAAAAAAAGAAGAGUAAAGAACUUUUACUUCGCGACGCAUUAGUUCGCCGAUUUGCAUUAGUGUUGCAUUAUAAACUUUUUUCUUCUCUUUGCGAUCGCGAGGGCCGACCUCAAAGAGACGCCGCGCGCACACUGCCCAACGGGACCGUUUUCGACGCGUUUCGAUCCCUUCGACGAUCCCUGUAGCGAUUCUCCCGCAGCGGAAGUCUCCUCGGGUGUCUUUUCGAGGCGUAUCCGAUGAGUCUGCUACAUACUUUGUCAAUAAGAUUCGUUUAUAAGGUUCUCAAGCAUAGUUUGUGCAAUAUUUAAACGAACUCGAUCCGCACGCGUCCAGGCUGUGCGUAUCCUCCGGUUCGGUCGAAAGAGUCGUUUUAUUUAUAUAAAAUCCCGUGUCGAAAUUUUGUCUGAUUGCGAGAUCUCAGAAAGUCACCCGAAGAGAGGGAUAGAGAGAGAAGUAUAACGUGUCCUCGGAGACAGCACGACGAUCGAAACCGCAAUUAAAGGAUAAAUAAAGCACAAUUACGAUUUUCCAACGCGUCCUGCCGAUUAAACGAUAAUAAUUUUUGUUAUCACGAUUUUCACCCCUCCGAGACAAGAAUAUCGAGAGAGAAAGAGAGAGGAAGAGAGAAUGGGAGAAAGACGAAAGAAUUAAAAAAAUAUAUAUAAAAAACAACUACAUGGAAACGCAGAUACUUGAGUUCACGAGAGAGUUUUAGUUUAUUAAUUUACUUAAUAUUAAUAAAACGAAUGGAACGAUAAUAACACUAAUAUCAUUGUAAUGAUAAUGAUUAUUAUAUAUAUUGCUAUUAUUAUAAAACUGUUUAUAAUAUAUAUUUUAAUUUUGAAAAAACA